AUGACACAAAAUCAUGGCGCAUGGGCCUCACCAUCAACAGAACGAGAGCCUAUAACCUGCGAACUUUCUUCCAAAUUGAACGUUAUUUCGCUUCACCUCGCUAGCCAACAUAUACAUCGGAACCCUAACCCUGCCGGCGGCUUCGCCUCGGGCGUGGUCUUCAAGAAGAAAAUAUUAAUCAGAUUCCUUGGGGUGUGUUUCACUCCUAAGCUAGGAAGGUGCGUUUAUUAUGUUUAA